CGGAAGAGUAGCACAAGGAGUUCCUCUCCAAACUCGUGACACGGUUGUUAUACGCUUGCAACUACCAACAGUCCGAGUUAGAGAGACAGAACCAGGAACUGCAGCAACAGUACCACGAUCUGAAGAAACAGCACCAGGAGUUGGCAAACCUCCGCCGGACAAUGCAGAGCCACGAGGAUGCUACACGGGCACUCAAUUCCCGUGUACUGGACCUGGAGCAAGCUGCACCAGGACCACAUGCUGGUGUGUCCAGCAGUGCACCCUCUAACCGCCAACUGGAGGAACGCGUCGACCACGUCGUCGCAAUGCUCGACGACAUCAGCACCUUCGCUGCGCCAACCACCAUCAGCAAUCAGCUGGAUACUUUGAAGACCGAGGUCCAACAACUGCAGUUGCCUAACAAGGAUGGCAACAACACACAUCAUUACAAGAUGCCAACUUUUCAAAUUGAGAAGUUCGAUGACUACACACAUCAGGACCCGGUCCUCUGGUGGGAAGGCUUUACAACGCAACUUCGGAUUUUGUUCGUCGCCAAGGACGCGUACAUCGAAGCCCUGUUUCUUAACUCAAAGGGUGGAUGCCAGAUCUGGUUAACCCACCUAGCAUCCACCCACGGCGUCGACGUCGCAGAUCUGAAAGACAAGAUCUCAUGGGAAGAGUUAACACGGUUGUGGAAGAAGCGGUUCAUCGUGGACGACGCGCCUGCACUCGCCAUCAACCGUCUCUUCGCCAUGACACAUGGCAACACAGCAACACAUGACUGGCUCACGGAAUGGCAGAAGAUCGUGGCAACGCCCGAUCUUGACUUACCAUUUUCGCAUCUGCGUCGUGAGUUCUACAACAGGUCAUGCGCUGCAUUGAGCCUUACACUUGGUGAUCGCGAGCAAUAUGCAACCUUCGCUGAGAUCAUUGACAAAGCGAGGGAGAUCAUCAAGACUAACAGGGUGUCUGCACACGAGAAGUCAACGUGGCAGCCAACCUAUGUGGAGAAGGUGAAAACUGGUCCGCGACCGCAGCAUGUCGCUGCAGUCCCUUCGGACAACAUUGUGGAAGACCCGGCAGCCACCCAAGCGUCACGUGAGGGAGAUCAGGUGGCUGCUGUCCAGCCGCGAAGCAACAACAAGUCUCGAGGAAACGGGAAGGCGAAAACCGCAUCGCCGUCCGGAAACGGACAGCCAGCACCAUGGCACCAAGCACAAGACCUCCCUUUGCCAGGAUUAGGCCAAGGAGGAUGUUCGUCCUCGUAUCAACUCGGGAAACUGAGUUGCGCGGGAGGUGAGACGACUCCACCUCUCACUCCGCCAGAUUCGGCCGCCUUGCUAGCGGCCUCCUACACAUUUGGGGUUGCGAAUGUCGUAAGUUCUCGGUACACUUACGAGGACUAUGCUGUCCACUUGGUCCCACCGUUGGACCAACCGCUCCACGUGCAACAAUCUACCGCAUGCACGGUUUCAUCACCAUCGGCAACCGAUUCGGCAGCUUCGCCGCCAUCUAUCGUCGGGGAUUCGACGUCAUGGUCAAGACUUGAAGAGCUCGACCCGUUGACGUUCGCGGACUUCCAGUGGAUGCCCGUUCCCCCGACCGGUCGAUUGUCAAAACCGCAUUGCAACAUGCUCAUGGCACAAUUGCGGGAUUACUUGCAUACUGCAGUAACGACUCCGUUGAUGGACGCCGGAGUAGAGGUUGUGGACCUUCACGCCUACAGUGCGAAGAUCGACCGCGAGUUCAAGACACAACGGUACGACGACAUCGAUGCACCAUUGUUAUAUGUACGCAUUCAGAUCGGAGAGGCGACCUGCAGCGCUUUGAUCGAUUGCGGAGCAUCUCGCAACUACAUGAAUCAGGACUUUAUGGUACGCGUCGGCUUUGGCCCACUCGUCCAGAGGAAGUCCCAGCCUACGCAAGUCACGUUGGCAGACGGUCACAUGCACAAGUCAAUCGACCGGUGCAUUGAUGUCGUCCCCGUGUACUUUGCCCCGCAUGCAAGCGAGGCGGUGUCCUUUGAUAUAUUGGACUCCAAAUUCGACAUGAUCUUGGGCAUGUCAUGGCUGCGAAGCGAGGAUCACCCGGUGAACUUCUACCACCGCACCAUUCACAUUCGCCCGCACGGAGUAGUACCGGAUCAACCCAUCCGCCACGAGAUCAUCCUCGAGGAUGGGGCUGUACCUCCGCGUGGUUGCAUCUACCGAAUGAGCGAGGAAGAGUUAAGUGUGCUACGGGCACAACUCGACGACCUUCUUGAGAAAGGCUGGAUUCGGCCUAGCUCAUUGCCAUACGGUGCACCUGUUCUCUUCGUCCGGAAGAAGAACAAGGACUUGCGGUUGUGCAUCGAUUAUCGCAAGCUCAACGCGCAAACAAUCAGAAACGUCGGCCCUCUUCCACGCAUCGACGACCUUCUCGAACGGCUGGGCGGCGCCAAGUUCUUCUCCAAGCUAGACCUCAAGUUGGGAUAUCACCAACUCGAGAUUCGGCAGGAGGACUGUUACAAGACCGCGUUUAAGACGCGGUAUGGGCAUUUCGAAUGGCUGGUUAUGCCAUUUGGCCUUACGAAUGCCCCGACCACUUUCCAAGCGGCUAUGACAACGGAGUUUCGACACAUGCUGGAUCGUUUUGUACUUAUUUACCUCCACGACAUCCUGGUGUACAGCCGGAGUCUGGACGAGCAUGUGGAGCACCUGCGCACCGUUUUGGAGCGGCUACGUCAAGCCAAGUACCAAGCCAACCGCGGCAAAUGCGAAUUCGCGCGGCAGGAGCUGGAGUACUUAGGACAUUAUUUGACGCGGCAAGGCAUCCGUCCGCUUGCGGACAAGAUCGAGGCCCUCCGCGUAUGGCCCGAGCCCACCAAAACCACGAACGUUCGUUCAUUCAUGGGAUUAGCGGGCUACUAUCAGCGAUUCAUCACCGGAUACUCAAGGAUUGCUGCACCUAUAACGAGAUUACAAUCGCCAAAGGUGCCAUUCGUAUUCUAUGACGACGCACGCCGGUCAUUCCAAGCACUCAAGACGGCCAUGCUCAUGGCACCCGUCCUUAGCAUCUAUGACCCCAUCCUGCCUACGAGGACGCUUCCGGCUAUGGCAUUGGGGCAGUCUUGGAACAACACGACGACGACGACUGGCACCCUGUGGAGUAUUUCAGCCACAAAUUGCCUCCCAUCAACUCGCUUGAUGAUGCAAGGAAGAAGGAGUUGCUCACGUUCGUGAUGGCUCUCAAGCGAUGGCCGCACUUCCUCCUUGGGCGUCGUAGGUUCACACGGGUCACGGACAACAACCCAUUGACCUACUACAAGACUGUCUCUUAUACACAUCUAGAUGUGUAUAAGAGACAGCCCAUUGACCUACUACAAGACGCAAAAUACGGUGAGCAGCACGAUCG